AUGCUUGGCUACGAGGUAGGUCACACCCCAGGCAAGGGAUGCUAUAAUCCUCGUCCAUCCUCUGGUGAUGAGUUUGUUGUUAUCGACGUCCACGGUGUCCAUGAGAUUGCCCUUGAUUUUUGUGGGUGUGCAAGCGCUCAAAUUCACUACAAACAGCUACUCCGCACAUACUGGUAUCCAGCAACCACAUCGGACCCUCAUACUGCUGCAACAUUCACUCUGAUGGAACACUUCCAACUUCUGUCAUUCAAGAGCAAAGUGUCUGCCUACAAAUUUUACCACUCACUGGCAAGACGGAACAAUAAUGCUGGCCUGUCAGUUAUAAAGGAUUGCUACUCUGCAUUCAUGUGCAUGGUCCAUGAAUGGCGACAUCUCAAGCAACUUUGGCGUGCAGGAAGAGGAUAUGAUACUGGCAGCAUCAAGGCCACCACCAUGGGUGAAUUGGCUGUGCAGUGCCCAGCAUGUCCCCACCCUGGCAAAACACUGUCGGUUAGGUGGAAAUAUGUGUCGUUCAUUGCGAUCGACGCCAACUUUAGGCUUAAACACAAGGCUGUGUCAUCAGACAAUGUCGACCCUAGCCUCAACUCUGGGUGGGCAUAUUUUGUUCAGGAGACUGACUACAAAACAUACUUGACCCAUCAAGCUGGCGUCAAGCAAGAUCGCAGUACGUGUGUCAGUCACAAUGCCGUUAAUUUGGCAGAUACAAAGUCUUCACAUGGUCUGGCUGCAAUAGGUGUUGGUACAGUAGACUGUGCCAGACAUGAUAUGAAGCUUGCCAACGGUGUCGGAGACUUACAAAAGGGUGAAAAGUGUGUUGUACUUUCAUUGUAUAUCAUAUAUAUUAAUAUGGACUACCUCAUAUUCUCGGCACUGUUGGCCUUCACGGUAACUAUGAUCAACAUAUCAUACAAUAUUGCCUGUCAAUGGCAUAAGAAGCUCUGGAUGCCUCCCGAGCGCGGUUGGUCAAAUAUAAAUCACAUCACAACAAGCACAAAGGAGAUGGGCCCAGGGUCAUGUCGAGAUACCCUCAAUGACCAUUUUGGGGAUUGGAACUGGAAGAAAGUUAUGGCACUGGGUUGUAUGCUCUUGCACAAGAUCCGUGACACCGUUAAGUGGAAGAAGGAGCAUGGGGAAGGACUGGCAGAGCUAGAGAGGACAGUUCAGCCAGCUCUCAUCCUUCAGUGGAGAAAAGAAGUUGAAGCUUGGGAGGUGGACAACUCUCAACCUAAUCCGUUCGAGAGCCGCUAUGCUUCCAAGCAGAAGGCUACCAUGCAGACUUGCAUCACCACCCUCCAACGUCGACUGGAUGCCUGGGCUUGUGUCCAAGAGCUAUAUAUGCCCGUUGUGUCCCAGCUCUGUCAUCGAUCUUCAGAUGCUGGCGUGUCAAAUACGGCGCAGCUAAAGCCUGAGGCAUUCAAGCUUUGGCUCCCAUCUGAACUCCAACCAACAGCAGGAUGCCACAACAGGCUGGCUGAACACAAAUGGGAUCUAUAUCACACACAAACACUGGAUGCCCUUAAUGAGGUCCGUUCUCAUCUCCACCUCUGGUCUCACAUGUAUAUCUACAAAGAUCGAAAUGUAUGUGGUCAGGCCGCUUCCACCUGCGCACAGGCCCUCAUUGAAGGUGUGGAGCGGAGGAAAUGUGCUAGUGUUGACAAGUAUUGGCGUACACAUAAUGCGCUGUUAGCUCUUGGCCAUCGACUCAAUAAGUCUGGCUGGGAUGUGUCCCUUCCCCCACUGCUGGACUCACAAGUGAAGCCUAUGGGCGACAUGGAGAGACAAGGCACUGGUACUAUUUCUUGGAUCUGGCUGGACUCACAUGUGGACAAUAGCAGCUCAGAAAAUGAGCGAGUUCAGGAUUCUGUUCAAGUUGAGUGGUGCAAAGUGCACGUGCACGCAAACUGCUGGUUGGAGGAAGUUGAACUCCUCCUCGAGGAGAUGCGAAGAGUUAUAGUGUUCUUGAGGUGGCAGGCAGAGUGGUGGAGUGGAAGGCGUAGUUCUCGAACCCUGGAGUCGACAGCGGACCAAGAAGGACUGGCUGCGUACACAUGUCGACAGGCUGCACUGUGGCUGUCUCUUGUGGCCUCUUUUCAAGACCUAUGGAAAGAUGUACCUAUGUUUCCAUCCAAACACAGCUCAAUCACAAGGAAUGAGAUUAAGAUCACAAGGUACAGACUACAUAGAGAUUUGUAA